AUCCAAAGAAACGCUUAUCCGAAAUUGAGUUUUGAAACAGCGGCAGUUACAGCUAGAAAACCCUGGUUUUGUUUGGUGUUGGGCGUUUGCUCAGAGCAAAGAUCGAACACUGACUUUUGGUCAACAGAGUCUAUUUUGCUUGGGGCUAUGUCGGCGUCUGAGAUUCUUCGUGAACUCAAUUCACUGAAGAACGAAAAGACCAAAAUCGAACAUAAAAUCUCAGUGCUCGAAGCUCAACUCAGAGAUAUUAAUCUCCAAAACGACGCCGUAUCCGAUGAUGGUUCUUCAUUGUACCCUACAAACGGAUUGACACGUGACAUGAUCCACAGAUACAGUCGCCAUCUCAUGCUUCCUUCCUUCGGUGUUCAAGGGCAAGCAAAUCUGUUGAAGUCAUCAAUUUUAGUUGUGGGAGCUGGAGGAUUGGGUGCUCCUGCAUUGUUAUACCUUGCAGCUUCUGGUGUUGGGCGCUUGGGUAUUAUUGAUCAUGACGUGGUUGAGCUCAAUAAUAUGCAUAGGCAGAUAAUCCACACGGAAGCAUUUGUUGGCAAGCCGAAGGUCAAAUCUGCUGCUGCAGCUUGUCGCUCGAUCAAUUCUUCUAUUCAAGUUGUGGAAUAUGAAGAAGCUUUGCAGAAUUCCAAUGCUUUGGAAAUUUUCAGCAAAUAUGAUUUAAUAGUAGAUGCAACAGAUAAUGCUCCUACCAGGUACUUGAUCAGUGAUUGCUGUGUGGUACUAGGAAAGCCUCUUGUAUCAGGUGCUGCAUUGGGAUUGGAAGGGCAGCUCACUGUCUACAAUUACAAUGGUGGUCCUUGCUAUCGAUGCCUCUUUCCAAUUCCACCACCUAGAACAGCUUGCCAAAGUUGUGCUGACGGUGGAGUUCUAGGAGUAGUUCCUGGUAUAAUUGGGUGUCUCCAAGCUCUCGAGGCUAUUAAGAUUGUAGCUUCUGUUGGUGAACCACUCUCAGGAAGGAUGCUUCUCUUUGAUGCAUUGGCUGGACGAAUUCGUACUGUCAAAAUUAGAGGAAGGUCUGUGGAGUGUAAAGCUUGUGGAGAAAAUGCUACAUUUGCCCAACAGCAAUUCCGAGAAUUUGAUUAUGAGAAGUUCACUCAGACUCCCUUGCGUGUGCCUCCUGUGAAGUUAAAUCUACUUCCCAGUGAAUCAAGAAUCAGCAGCAAGGAAUACAGUGAAAUAAUUCUUAAGAAGGAACCACAUGUGCUGGUUGAUGUUAGACCGGCUCACCAUUUCAAGAUUGUAUCUCUCCCGAAGUCCCUUAACAUUCCACUCUCAACAUUAGAGGUUAGGUUGCCGGAAAUAUCAUCAGCUUUGAAGAAAGAGGAAGAGGACAGUGGUGUGGUUUCUGGAUCAAGUGCACAAUUGUAUGUAGUAUGCAGAAGGGGAAAUGAUUCUCAAAAGGCUGUUCAGUAUCUUCAAAAAUUGGGUUUCACUUCUGCCAAGGAUAUUGUUGGGGGCUUAGAGUCUUGGGCCCACAAUGUGGAUCCUAAGUUCCCUACAUAUUAGCAGGCCUGUUUAGCUAUAGAAAAAACGGGUUUCAUUAAAUUAUACUCCUGGCUUGAAUUUGUUUUGAUGUAUUAUACUAGGGAUGCUGCUUUCAUUUUUCCAUGUCUUUUUAUAUUAUUCACGCAACUUUUUUUUUUUUUUUUUUUUGUGUAAUCUAUUGACGUUACUCUUGACGUUGAAUUGCUGUAGAAUGAUGUGGUCUAUUCAUUUUU